AUGUCAACAGCUACUACAACUUCAACUCCAACUUUAACUUUAAGACCAGAUAAUUUGAAAAGAAUUGAUUUAUCAAAUUUUGAAGCUAGACCUGGUAAUGAUUUUUCUUCUGCUUUUACUGCUUUUGAUGAACCAUUAGAAGGUGAUCAAGCUGAUUAUUUACCUCAAAGAUUUGCUGAAUUGAAGCAAGAACUUGUUCAAAAUCCUGAAAAAGUUGUUGAAAGUUGGAAAAGAUUAAAAUUGGUAUUAGGUGAUAAAAUUAAAUUGAUUGAACAAGAAGGUUCAAAUAUUAUUCCAGAAAUUUCAUUUAAUGAAAUUCAAAAAUUAGAUCCUGCAAAAAGACAAAAUAUUUUGGAAAAAGGUUGUGUUAUUAUUCGUAAUGUUUUCCCAAAAGAAAAAGCACUUGAAUUUAAAAAAGAUGCUCAAGAAUAUAUCAAGUUGAAUCCUCAAACUAAAGGAUAUCCUGCAUCAGAUCCAAUUGUUUAUGAAUUAUAUUGGUCAAAGUCUCAAGUUAAUGCAAGAUCAGAUCCAAAAAUGAUGGAAACUAUGAAAUUUAUUAAUAAUUUAUGGCAUACAAAUGACCCAAAUGUUGAAGUUUCAUUAAAUCAUAAUUUAAGUUAUGCUGAUAGAUUUCGUAUUAGAAAUCCUGGUGAUGAUUCAUUUACAUUAGGUCCUCAUGCUGAUGGUGGAUGUAUUGAAAGAUGGGAAGAUGAAGAAUAUCGUAAAUGUUAUAAAGAUGUUUUCAAUGGUGAUUGGGAAAAUUAUGAUUCUUAUGAUGUUACUCAUAGAACUAAAGCAAAUAUGAAUAUUUAUCCUGUUGCUAAUGCAUGCAGUGUUUUCAGAUCAUUCCAAGGUUGGUUAUCAAUGUCCUCAGUUGGUCCAAGUGAAGGUACAAUUUUAUUAGCUCCUUUUAUUAAAGAAAUCACAAGUUAUUUCUUAUUAAAACCUUUUUUCGAUGAAUUUGAUGAAUUAGAUUUACAAUCAUCAAAAUUUCCAGGUUCUAAAUUAGGUAAAAAUCAAGAAUUCAAUGAAAAAUCUCAUCCAGAUUUAAAUUUAUCUAAAUUAAUGACUUCAAUUCCAAAAGUUCAACCAGGUGAUGCUGUUUUCUGGCAUUGUGAUUUAAUUCAUGCAGUUGAUCCAGUUCAUAAAGGUGAAUUAGAUUCUUCUGUUAUGUAUAUUCCAGCAGUUCCCCUAUGUGAUUUAAAUACAAAAUAUUUAAAAUUACAAAGAGAAGCAUUGUUAAAAGGUUUAACAGGUCCUGAUUUCCCUGGAUUUCCUACUAGUGAAGCUGAAACCAAUCAUCAAAAUAGAGCUGAUUCUAAAUUUGUUUAUCAAGUUGGCGGUUUACAAGCUUUACAAGAAUUAGGAUUAGAACCAAUCAAGUAUGAUGAGAAUGAUUCUCAAGGUGUUAAGGCAGUAAUUGACAAUUUUAAUAAAGAAUUGUUCUACAAGGUUUAA